AUGUUCAAGGCUUUCUUCCCAAGGAAGAAGCUGUUGGGUGUACUCGUGUGCUUUUUAUUUCUUUUCUUCGUCUUUCUGCCCGCGACCCAUUCAGCACCUGUUCAGUCCGUCAUCUCCGACUCCAACAACGCGGCGGGGCCUAUCCGAAGACACCAACCGCAUGAGUACGUGAGACCAAGAGUGUCUCAUCCUAACGGAGACCAUGAUCCAAUCAGAGAGAACUCCAACGAGGAUUCUCUCAACAAGCUUUUAAAUUCUCAAUUUAACAAGGCUAUGUUACAAACGCGACAAAAUAACAUCCAAGAUAAGGGCACUCAUACUUUGGACAUGGCAAAACUCUCAUCAGGGGCUGGAGCGAAAAUAAAAUCCGCGAUCCAUGUGGAUCAAAUUUCUGCUUCCACAGUUACGCCAACCACAACGGCUGUGGUAGGAAAGCUGGAAGCGCAUGCAGCUCGGCAGAAGCCUCUUGUAGAUGGGGAUCUAGUGUCAAAGGGCUCUUCGCUAAAGUUGGUGGCUGGUGAUCUGAUUAUCGCCGGCCCUGUAGAAGAUGUUACACUGGAUUUCAACGCCAAAGAGUAUCCUGUUCACGCCCAACUACUACGGAAAUAUGGCAAAACGUUUGAAGAUGAGUCGUUGGAUUACAAGUGCGAAAAAUACUUUGCCGAGCUGUACUCAUUGGACCCUGAUUGGAGCGUUUCUCCCCACAAGCAGGUUUACGACGAAGAUCAGCUUGCGCAGAUGGUCCAUCGCACAAAGCACUUGACAACUUACGGCCACUGUUAUCUCAACCACAGUGACGAAAACAGGAUCCGUUCUUACGAAAAGUUAAUUGAAACAGGCCACCAGGACAUCGACUCGCGCGUAUUCCCUUACUUGAGCCGGCAAAUGCCUGUUUUUGUGAGAUGGACGGGUGAGCAGGUUCUGGAGCCCCCAAAAAUUAACAGAUACCUGGACGGAGCUUUAAACGAUCCGGAUCUCUCGCAAAUCAGCAAAUCAAAGCUGCAAGUUGCAGACGAAUCGGGGCCAGCUUUGUCUCACGAGUACCCCUUUUUUCUGCACUACAAAAAUCUGGUCAACGGGAAAGGCGUGGUGAUAUCGUGCUCAGACAGGUUCCUCAACGACACGCUAGCGCUGAUUCGCAAUCUGCGCGCUCUGGGAACAAAACUGCCAGUGCAAAUAGUACACCGCGGCGACCUGUCGCUCGACUCUCAAUGGGCGCUGGUCAACGAGGCGAGAAAAACCGACGUUUACUAUCCUCGAGAACAAUUCAAUCGGCUCAGAGAGCUGAUUCACGAACAAUUCGAUGCAACUUUCCCAAAAUUGGAACUCUGGUUUGUGGAUGUGUCGCGCGCUCUGACUCCUCAGUACGGCUCUGAGUUUCCUAAUUUUUACAACAAGCUUCUGGCGUACCUGUUCAAUUCGUUCGACGACGUGGUGCUGCUGGACUGCGACGUUGUGUUGUUCCGCAAGCCUGAGCAGCUAUUCCAGCUUUCGCAGUACAAACGCUCGCAAAGUGUAUUCUUCAAGGACAGAAGCCUCAAUCUUAAAGUGAACCAUGGAUUCAUUGACUUCCUCAAACGUCUGCUGCCAACAGCUACGGAUAAUUCUUUUUUCGGGAUCAACAGGGCCUCGUACAAAACUCUGGGAACACGCUAUUUUGUUCUAGAGUACGGACAUUAUAUGGAGUCGGGUGUGGUGGCCAUCAAAAGAACAAGGUACUGGCAAGGCCUUUUCGUGACGCUCUAUCUCAGUCUAAUAAAGCCAAUUCACGAGAACGUGUGGGGAGACAAGGAGCUGUUCUGGCUGGGUCAAUCUGUGGCGGGCAAUGAAGAGUACCUGUUUAAUGACUAUUGGUCUGCAGCGAUCGGCACUCUGACAGAUUCCGCCAAAAGGGCGCCGUUUAAAUCCCAGGAGCUCUGCUCAACGCACCCAGGACAUAUAUCUUCCGACGACGAUCGAUUAUUGUGGAUCAAUUCGGGAAUUCUCACAUGCAGGAAAACUGAGACUUUCGAGAAUGAUUUUGACGUGUACAACGCAACUCUAGGCUUUGAGACCAAACAACAGCUGCACGAGUACUAUAACUCUCCUUUGAGAAUUGAGCACGCAAUCAUUCCUCCAGACGCCAUGUACUGGGUCGACAGCUUCGACACGCCGCGGGAGCCAAGACAGGGCUACAUCAAGCAGUACAAUUGUGCGGCCUACCUAUGGUGUGCCUAUGACAAGAUCGGUGGCUCAGAGUUCCCUGAGCACCAAGGAAAAGUUUUUAGGUUCGAAGCGCCCGAUACCUUGCUGUUUGACUACGUGGGCCAGGUCUAUUUGGGUCAAACAUAG